GGUAGGUACCUAGGCAGGUAAAUGGGUAGACAGAUACCUGGUAGGUAUGUAAGGUGGUUGAUUAUACUACCGGAACCAAGUUAGCUUGAUCAGACAUCGGCGACCUGUUGGGAGGGAGGCGAACUUGGUGGAGGUACAUAGUAUUUAUUCAUAUCCUCCAGUCCCCGCUCACCAAAUGUUUCGUAAACUGUCCCCGAGCACGGGUUCUAAAAUUUUCGGACGAUCCGUCUUUUCCCCCUCCAAAAUCUCCCGUUCUAAUACCCACCUAUCUACCUACCUUCCUGCCUAAGUAAUCAGUAUCGGCAUCCACUCGACAAGAUGAAUCGCAUAGCCCUUUGGACCGUUGCAUCAUUUCUUCUGGUACCCUUCACCGCACAUGCUUGUCUCCAAACAUGGCAUAUUUUGGCGGGGACCUCUUCUCCAACUGGAAAAUGGAGGAGCCGGGCUACUUACAUCCUGUCUGGGCUGCUGCUCAAGGUACAGUACGACCUCUUUGUCAAACUGACACUUGAGCUGCGGGCGCGGCGCCUGGGCUGCCUGCCAGCCAAGCUCUACCCGCACAAGGACCCUGUGCUCGGCUUGGACUAUUUUUUCAAGGCGUUGCGCGCGGCUGGCGCUGGGCAGUUCUUCCCGUUUGCGAGGGAGAACCUGAAGACUAUCGGGCACACGCAUUAUGCAAUGGCUCUAGGGACCUGGGUCCUGCACACGGACGAACCCGAGAACAUCAAGAGCAUCCUGGCAACCGAUUUCGACAGCUGGGAGAUAGCAGGCCCGAGGCUGCUCCCCGUGCUCGAUGUGCUGGGUCCCAAGAGCAUCUUCACCAGCAACGGGGAGGGAUGGCACCAAGCCCGUUCCAUGCUCCGGCCGAGCUUCGUACGUGAUCAAGUCGCCGACCUGGCUUGCUUCGACCGCCACAUCAGUCACCUGCUCAAGAAGAUCCGCAGCUCCUGCCAGGAGGGCAUGGUUGCCUUUGACCUCCAGAAGCUCUUCUUCCUCAUGACCAUGGACUCGAGCACCGACUUUCUGCUCGGCAGGAGUACUGAUCUCCUGGUGAAGGCCUCGCCCGAAGCCGAGGAUUUCCUCAGGGCCUUCGACUACGUCCUGUUCCAGGGCGCGAAGAUGGCACGGCUUGGUCCCAUCAUGAUGAAGCUGCCACACCGCAAGUUUGACGCGGAGGUCCAGACGGUAAGAAGCUUUGUCCGUAAAUACGUCUCCAAGGCCAUGGCCGAGAAGGGGUACCAGAAGGAGAGGAGCUAUCUGUUUCUCCACGAGCUCGUUGCAUCAGGGGCCAGUGUGGAGUACAUCACCGACCAGGUUCUGUCCAUUAUACUUGCAGGGCGGGAUACGACUGCUGCUGCGCUGGCUGCCGCCUUCUACUUCUUAUCAAAGUCACCCGACAUUGUAGACAAGCUGAGGCAGGAGAUGUUGGAGAUGGGAGAGGAGAACCCGGAUUGGGAGACGUUGAGAGGCAUGAAGUAUCUCCAAAAUGUGAUCAAAGAGGCUUUGCGCCUCGCGCCUCCCGUUGCCACCAAUUCCAGAACAUCAUGCAAGGAGACUACCCUGCCCCGUGGCGGUGGGCCCGAUGGAAAAUCGCCAGUCCUUAUCCCCAAGGGUACAUCGUGUCGAUGGAGUAACUAUUCUGCGUACCGACGGGCAGACAUCUAUGGCCCUGAUGCAGACGAGUUCCGGCCGGAGAGGUGGGAAGAUUUGAGGGUUGCUUGGGAAUACACUCCGUUCAGUGGGGGGCCGAGAAUCUGCAUUGGCCAGCAGUUUGCCCUGACGCAGAUGUCUUUGGCCAUAUUCAGGAUCUUACAAAACUUUGACAAGAUCAAGUCCAAGAACGAGGGCCCUAUGGGGAUGCGGGCGGGCGUUACUGUAUCGCUAGCUGAUCCGGGGUGCUUGGUGAGCAUGACACCGAUUGCCUAAUAUGAUACUUCUGUUAUAUUUUUCUUGAUAGCUUGUCCACCCGAUCCGAACAAUAUUCAAGAACAUCAUGAAAGAUCACAGCAUGUAUAUUAUAAGAUGCCCAGCUUGUCAGAGAAGCAGGACAAAGACAAGAACAAACGUUAACCCGACUUGACACCCCAUAUA